GAAGUUGAGGUGAUUGAAGAGAAGCUUCAUUUUUUGCUUUUAGCGCUCCGUCUUUGUCUUUGUUUGGGAUCAUGAUUUUGUAGAGGUCAGGCAUCAGUCAACCUAACCUAUUUUUUAGGUGCCAAAAUAAUUUUUCGUACAAGCACAGUGGGGAAUAAACUUUAGUAAGGCUAGAGAUACAAAUGAAAAGUUUGGAUAAAACCUAAUAUGAAAGUUUUUGUGAUCCUAACUUUUAAUAUCUUAUUCCUUAUUGGAAUUUCAGAUACCAUGUCGGCUUCCGAAGAUACGGUAGCCCAAUUCCGAAACUUGCUGCAGGAAGUGGCCCAAAAUCCGGCUGUUCUACAGCAUUUGUUACCGAAUACAGCUGGUCCCAGCAGCAGCAGGUCAGAGCCACAACAAACCCAACAACCUCCUUUUCCACUACAUAUCCUACCUAUCAUGCGCCAAAAAGCCGAGUCUUGUCUUGAGUUUUCAUCUGCUGCAAUAGCAAAAAAAACCGAUCUUCUAGAUUCUAUUCACCAAAUCAGGGAGGCUUGGGAUAAAACAAGCGAAAAAACAAUUCGUAACUGCUUUAGAAAGGCUGGCUUCUGCAAAACGCCCAUUGAAAUAGACGCCCCUUCUGUGCCCACAACUGACGACUUUGAAGAACUUUUUGCUCUCGAAGAAACCGAGAAAAUUUGUUCAGUGCCUACUGAGGAAGAUAUAUGCGUCCAAAUUCUCCAAAAACAUGAGGAGGAGGAGCAGAUCUCAGACACCGAUGAAAAAGAGCCUCCACUACCACCACCAUCUAACAGAGAAAUGCGCAAUGCUUUGGCCACUUUAAGACGCGGCGUUCAAUCGUUGGCUGAAAACUUCGAAGUUCAGUAUCAGUAUGAAUCAUUCGUGAAUGCUUUGUUACGAGACAAUACAAAACAAGCUACUAUUGACUCUUUCUUUAAAUGAUUGUUUUAAAACAUUGAGUUUUUAUCUUUUUACUAUGUACUUUUUAAUUUUUACGGCUUUUAAAAAAAUUAUUACGGCUUUUAAAUUUAGUGCGUGAGUGUGCGGGUGUUCUUAAGAGAAAACGAAGGCGUGCUGAACAAGGGACGGUCAACAGUCGGGACAAAAUCAUCGUGAGUAACUUCACUUUUUUUUUUUCGCUUUUUAUAAUCAGCCGUUUAAUGUGAUCAAAGUGGCCCGGCCCAAGUUGACCACAAUAAGCGGCGCCCACUGUACUUGCCCCAGUGAAGCCCAAAAAAAAGCAAGGACCUGCUCUCAACCUUACAGGCAAUGGAACAAUUGAUUCCAAUCUUCUCUUCACAAACUUAAAGAAUAACUCUCAAACUGCAAAGAAGAUAGCAACACCGAAGAACAACAUCUUCUGCAGGGACUUAAUUCUUCUAAAAUCACCCAACACCGAUUCUCCUGUCCCUGAUAGCAAAUUACAAGAGUUGGGUGAAAAUCGUUUUUUCUUUGAAGGUGUCAAAUUUGAAAGAACCAUGACUUCGAUUGAAGUACGAAGUAAAAUCUAUGAAAAAUUUGUGCGAAAACUCCUUGUUGUUGAUUUUGAUAUCUUACACGUACACAACAAAAAAUUAAGGAAAUUUUUUGCCUCCAAACAAGACCUUGAUGGUGAAUUUUUAUAUUCUCGCACGGAUGCUUCACAAAAAGUGUACAUCCGUCCGAAAUCAUCUAUUGACAAGGAUGAUAGUGAAUUUACACACUUUUCUGUAGAUCAAGAUGAUUUUGCCACAAACAAAAGAGAACAUCUUGAAACAGUCUCGGACGAAGACGAUAUAUUUUUGCCCAAAAAAGGUAAAAGGGAAGAAUUCACUGUGAGGAGUAUCCCUUCCUACUGUCUCCACCAAUUAACAGAUGAAUAUCUGUACGUAACUGUAACAAGGGGCCAACCGAUUUUGCCGGUUCUCUAUAAUCUUUUAAUAACUCCUGGCACCUCUCUUACAGCCAGGCUGCAUGUGAAAUUUGAGCGUGAGAGAGGUGCUGGGCACGGCACCGUUAAAGAAAUGUUUCACCUUGCUCUAGGAGAAAUCAAAGAAAAUGUGCUCCUAGAAGGAAACAUUUUUUCGAAAACAUUAAAAAAAUGUACUCCAGAUCUCGAAGCAGGAAUCUUUAAUCACAUGGGUGAAAUCUGUGCAUGGAGUAUGAUUCAGGGAGGACCGAGCCCUAACUUUUUCAGUCGCACUUUUGCAACUAUCCUGCUUCACAGUUCAGAAAAGGCAAAGCAAAACCUAACCCUAGAAGAUGUACUGAAUCCAGCGGUUCAACGGGAGAUCAAGGCAGUUAUCGAUGCGGAGUCAUUGAUGGAAAUUAACAAUGCCAUGGCGAACAGCACUAUUUUCCAGUGUGGGGAGACUCUAAACCAAGUGCACGGAGAAUCGUAUCUAUCUCAGAGAGAUAAUGCAGUGAAAGGCAAGUCUUCAAAUUUUUUUCUCUUUUCAGAUUUCCAUCACAUUCUAUCAAGUAUUGUUACCAAAUCAGUUUGUUCACUCUAUGUGGGUCUGAUGUAAAAGGAAGAAUGUCAUCCCCUCAUUUUUGUUCCUUAAAAACAGCAGGAGAGGCUUUAUACUUUUGUAAUGUGACAAUCAUUAUUUAUUAUUAUAUAUUUAUUAUUUUUAACUUUCCUAAUGAGACACGAAUAAUCGACAGCCCAACUCAUUAUCUUCCCUUACUUUUUUUUUUUUU